UUUAGAAUUUAAUACCUGGGGAAGGUUUAGUUGGAUUUGAUCUGGAAAAUGUCAAAAAGCAGUGAUCAGAUCGUCUUGGAAAGACGGCUCAAACCGAUAUAUGAUGCAAUUGAUGCAGGAAGUAACAAAAAAGCAAUGCAGGAAGCAGACAAAGUCUUGAAGAAACAUCCCACUACUCACUGUGCCAAGGUUUUGAAAGCACUCGCUUUGAUUCGUGCCGAUCGUGUAAGUGAAGCAUGGCCAUUGAUCGAUGAAGUUGAAUCAGUGAAAGAUGAUUUGGAUGAAAAUACUCUUCAAGCUCUGUGUCACUGUUUUAAGGAAGCUUAUACACCUGAAAGAAUAUCUGUAUUAUACGAAAAGGUUUGUGCUCGUUAUCCCAAAAACGAACAGUAUCUGACUCAUUUAUUUAUGAGUUAUGUUCGUGUGCGAAAUUAUAAAAAGCAACAGAAAACAGCUUUGGCAUUGUAUAAAGAAUUUCAGCGAAAUCCGUACUAUUUCUGGAAUGUUAUGAGUAUUGUCAUGCAGGCAAUUACGGGGGAUCAGAAUCUUGCUCAGUCGACACUAUACCCAUUAGCCGAAAAAAUGGUUACAAAAAUGAUCGAAUCCAAUUCAAUACAAGCCGAGGCUGAAUGUGAUUUGUAUGUCCUUAUUUUGGAAAAUUCAGGGCAGUAUGCGAAAGCUGCGCUCUUUCUUGAAGCAGAUAAUUUGGCGCGUCGACAUAUAAAACAACCUGCGCAAUUUUUGUUCCACAAUAUUUUAAGAUUAUAUCAGCUGGAAGGCGAUCAUGGGACUGUUAUUGAGCGAAGUAUCAAUGAAUUAAAGAACAAUCCUGACGAUUGGUCACUGUGGAUGUUUUUGUUUGAUUCAACAUUUGCAUCUGUGAAGGGUAUCGAAGAAGAGGAAGCAAGAAAAAGAUUGCUCAACAGAGUUAUUGAACGGAUUUUGUCACUGGUAGCGGAACCGUUAAAUGAAAUGCUGUUACGUGGACCAUAUCUUGCACGCUUGACAUUUGUCAAGAAAUUACUUGAAAAUGAAAUUGUAGCAAACGGUCUACUAGAUACAUUCAAACUUAGUGAUCCUCAUGAGUAUCUGUUUGAGUAUAUCCGUUUGUUUCACAGUAAGCCGUGCUGUUAUGUUGAUUUGAAGCCCUUUCUCUGCCUUAUAAGGGAUAAUCAGAUUGAUGAUUUUAUGCAAAGAGUUUCGGAUUUUAUCAGUAUGUUGAAGGAAGAACAUAAUCAAGAGGGAGGGAAAACUACAAACGUGCACUGGGCUGACAUUGUAUAUCAGCGUUUACGGCGAGGGUUAGGACUUCAUGAGAAACUAUCAGCAGUAGAAAGAAGAAGAGCUGUCACUUAUAUGGUCAAAAUGAUAGAUUGCUGUUCGGAUUGUGAUCUUGCUGCAGCUGUAUAUGCUCAUCUUGCUGCAAAUUUGCUGUGGGACUUGUAUGCUGAUAACGGAGAUGCUGACGCAUUAUAUGAGUUGAUAUUGCUGCUGGAGUGGGUUGUAAAAAAUCACCCAUCAGAUCCGAUCAGUGCUGUUGUUUUAUGUAAAGCGUAUUCUUCAAUUGGUGUUACAACUCAAGUGCAAAGGUUUAUGCGUGCUUUGGAUAUAAAAUAUAUUCAAAGGGAUACUUUAGGAUAUCUUGUUUAUGGUCUGUUAGAGCAAUAUGGUAAGUUUAAUAGUGCUAUAAUUCAUUAUACGGAACUUGCCGCUUUCUUCGAUCAAACAGAAAAGGAGGUGUCGGAAUGUUUAACUACUGCUUACAAAAAUGGUAGUUUUUUGCAAGUGCCACGACUGGUUGAAUUCCUCAAUAAAAUCAGCAAAUCGUUCAUUGCUGUCGGUGUUGAUAUACAGACCCGAGCAUUGAGUGCAUGUUUUGCAGUCGAUAAAGUUCAACUUGUUGUUGAUACUAUGUACGGCGAUGAGGAACCGAUUGAUUUUCUUGGGCUUGAAGACAAUCGUGAUUUCGGUGUUAUACCAUCGUUUGAUGCUAUCAGAGAACAGCAAAGGCUUAACGAAAUGAAGCAGCGUACAUAUCAUGAACAAUGUGACGCAAUGAAAUUAAGCCAUUUGCUAAUGAAAUCAAUAGCGGCUGUAGGCCAUUCUAAAUGUACGCGAAAGAAUUUGUCCAUUUUUCUGGAUCAACUUAAGAAGCAUGUCGAACAUUGCAAGCAAACAUAUAAGGAGGAUGAGACUUUGCCCAGUUUGUUACAGUCUCCUCCACCAGUACAUUUAAGUGAAUUGAUAAAUACGCCAAAAAUGGAUUUGUUGAUGCUUUUAUUAAAAUCAGCUUCAAAUGUGGUGGAAUGUUCAGAACACAUAGUUUCAUCUAAUAUUAUUGAACAUCUUCAUGAGGAAAAAUUGCUUCAGUGUUUGCCAGAUGUUGCCGAAGUUGAAGAUUUAGUUAUUGCUGUCGUUGCGUCGGAUGUUACUACGGGUGCACUUUGUUUCCACUUAACAUUACGACACUGCAGCAUGGUGCUACAAGUUCUUUCAUUUGCGCAGCUAAUUGUAAAAUUAUUGGAAAUGGUUCUGGAUAAUAUUUUUGCAUUUUCACUGAGUCAGGGAGCUAGGAAGAGUAACUGCUCGAAGAAUCAAAGGAAAAAUGUUGUACUGAAUAGGUUGCAUGAAGUACGGACAAUGAUUAAUAAAGGUGUCACAUCAAUAAAUACUCAGCUAUCUGAUGUUCAUAAACUGCUCAAAAGUGAUGAUCUCAUUCCAGAAAUUAGUAACGAUUAUGAUAAGGCAGUAUACAUUAUAUUGCUCAAGCAACAAGCCCAAGUCGACUCAUCUAUUGUUGCCUCAUAUACGGAUUCCAUUAUGGAUAUGCAAAGAACCGUAAAACGUAUGCUAAGUCAGUCACAAGCUUGAUGUUUUAGAGUUAAAUUACUGUUUUUAUACUGUUGUUUGUAAAUAUCACGCUCUCCCGGCAUCACUACCCUCUUCUGCUAUUUUUUAGCAGUGAUUAAUUUGUAUUUUAGAUGUGUAAUGCGUCACGUCGUUUUAAUGAAGAA